AUGCUCGCUGGACUAGCCGCUAGAGGGGCAACUGCCUUGCGGUUGAAUCAUGAACGGCCCGAGCUAAGCUUCCUAGCCCAAGAGAUACGUCGACGAGCUCUGUGGGCUCUCAGCUCCAUUGAUGGGUCAUUUUCUGUGGGCCUUCCGGAGUAUGAAACAAUUCCACACGCUGUCAUCUACCAGCGACUUCCAAGUUCAGAAGAAGCAUUUCGAUAUGGUCGGACCACACUUACAACGGCUACACACUGGCCAUCGGUAGACAGCGACCAAGUAGCGGGUUGCAAUCUAUUUUCAGCUUGCAUUCGGAUUUCCAAAAUCUCGAAGGACAUCAUGCGGCUUACGCGGCAACUCGCCCUUUCGGAACAGCCACUCGCGCAAUUGAGCGGGCUUGUCCAGGAGAUCCAGAACGACCUGUGGAGACUCCAGGCAGACGUCGAGCAUUCCUUUCAGUACCAGAUUGCAGCCCCCGCCUAUGUAGCUCAGGUGGCCAGCUCGCGCUGGUUCGUGCGCUAUCUCCAAAUCUCCAUUACAUGGCACCAAGCACAUUGUGACCUGUACCGGCUGUUCCUCGCUAACUACAAUGGCGCCGCACCAAAAAUAAUCACAAAUUCCAUCGAGCCCAGCCUUAGGGCCGAAGCCGUGGAAAAGUGCCAAGAGCAUGUGCUGAGCAUCAAUUGCAUCAUCCGCGGGGUUCUAGACCUGUCCUCAUCGCCAGUCGUACUCCCGCCCUACUUUGCGGUAUGCGCAUACCACGCGACCCGCUUAACAUUGUUUCUUCCCUGCGCCCCAGAUCUGGAUGUGAAAAUUGAUCUGGAUAGUGCGCUAGGGAGCGCGAAUGUGGCACUGACUGUUCUGCGGCGAUUCUUUGCAAACUCUGCGUCCGCCGAGAAGAUUAUCCAAGACAUGCAAUAUCUGGUAGAUUUGUCAAGCAAAGGACCUGAGUCGAUUUACAAAGAACUCCGUUACCCUUUGCCACCCUAUGAUCAGGGUCUGCAUCGCCACAGCCAUCUGGCAGUCCACAGCUUGAUCCGACAGGCUAAUUUUAUCGAUGGAGGGUAUGAUGACUAUGGGGGACGGUCUUGA